CAGCGGAGUCAGCGGGGCUGGCUGCCGUGGGAGCCGCUCCGGGGCUCCCGGCACUGCCACCGCCCCGCGUGCCUGGCCAGGCGGCCACCAGGCCGGGACGACCUCCGCCUUGCUGCCAGACCGGGUCAGUACGGGAGCAGUGGUGGCCAGGACGCCCCCCCAGGGACUCAGCGAUGCCGGGGCUGCGCCACCAGAUGCGGCAGGGCCGGUGAGCAGGGUGUGCGUGGCGGGGGGCAGCCCCAUGGGGCUUCGUCAGCCUGAAGGGCUGGGCCAGCAUGGAGCCAGCCGGCACCCUCCCCAAUGCCUCCGGUAACGGCAGCGAGGCCGGCAGCGCCCCGCACUCGCCUGCAGCCACGGGACUCAUCCUGCUGGCCGCCCUGGCCGUCCUGCUGGCCACGCUGGUGGGCAACGCGCUGGUGGUGGUGGCCAUCUCCACCAGCCGAGCCCUGCGGGCCCCGCAGAACCUCUUCCUGGUGUCCCUGGCCUCGGCGGACAUCCUGGUGGCUGUCCUCGUCCUGCCCUUCUCGCUGGCCAACGAGGUGAUGGGCUACUGGUAUUUUGGGGGCGUGUGGUGCAGCCUGUACCUGGCGCUGGACGUGCUGCUCUGCACCGCCUCCAUCGGGCACCUCUGCGCCAUCAGCCUCGACCGCUACUGGGCCGUCACCCGGGCAGCCCGGCUCAACCUGCGCCGCAGCCCCGGGCGGGUGAAGGGGAUGAUCGCGGCGGUUUGGGCGGCGGCAGCCCUGGUGGCACUGCCACCGCUCCUGCGGGCCCGGCCGGGGGGCCGAGAGUGCCAGCUGAGCCAGGAGACCUGGUACGUCCUGGCCUCCUGCGCCGCCUCCUUCUUCGCCCCCUGCCUCGUCAUGGUUGCCGUCUACUGCCGCAUCUACCACCUGACUGCCCGGCGGACGGCGGCCCUCCUCGCCGCCCGCUCCCCUCGCCCCGCCAGCACCGGCAAGAAGGGGCCGGGGGUCAGGGUGCCGGGCUGGCGGCACCGGAGCCAGCACCAGAGCGUGUCGCUGUGCCGGCAGCGGCUGGUGCGGGCGCAGGAGCGGCGCUUCACCGUCGUGCUGGCCGUGGUGAUGGGGGCCUUCGUGCUGUGCUGGUUCCCCUUCUUCUUCACCUACAGCCUGGGGGCUGUCUGUGGGGAGGGCUGCCGCGUCUCCAAGCCUCUCUUCAGCUUCUUCUUCUGGAUCGGCUACUGCAACAGCAGCCUCAACCCCCUCAUCUACACCCUCUUCAACCGGGACUUCCGCGCCGCCUUCCGCCGGCUCCUCGCCGUCCCCCACCGGCACCGCGCCUAGGACCUCACUGGGACACCAAGGAUGCAGCCCCCAGCCCCGCUCGCCACUGGCGGCACCCGGCCCCGCCGUGGACCCUAGACUGCAGUGCCGGUGUGCAUCUCGAGGUACUUUUGGAAACGUGGGGUUUAAUAAAAUGAGGCCAAAACCUGUGCCCGGGGCUGGCGUCUGCCUCCUGGGAGGCCAUCAAGCGGCAUCCAUCACCAGCACCCGUUGUCAUCCCACCUGUCCUCUUUGCAGCAUGGGUGACCCGCUGGUGGUGACAACUCGCCAUGGCAGCUCUGGCGAGCGCCAGUCCUCCCCGCUGCCAGGCGAACCCCAGCUCCUCUGCACGCCUGUGACUCCCAGCAUCCUCUUGCGCAGGGGAUGGACCCCACGGCUGUGGGGUGGGGGAGAUGAAACUCCCCACGUGGCAGCAUCACUUGCACCGGGCUGAGCUGGCCAUGCCACUGCAGCAGCCCAGUCCGAGCCCUGUGCCUCUCUGCCGGGGCUGUCCCCUCUGGCUGCCCAUCAGCACGUAGCUGUGCCAUCAUGCCAUGGGAGCCCCAUGGAACCACAUACAUACCCCACGGUGGGAUACGAGGGGUGCGGGGCUGGGGUGCGACACCCCACAUCCUGCUCAGGGGCUUCAUCGGGAUCUUGCUGCAGGAGGGAAAGGAGGAAUGACAUCCCAGUGCUGGAAAGACCGUCCUCCCUUGGGAGAGUGUGGGAGAUGGGACCGCAUGGGAACAGGCUCCAG